GUAGCUAUAGACGCUUUGACAAUAUCCUACCUAACCUUGACUACUUUCACGAUCGAAACGACCAUGAUUUUCACCCCCGAAGAGACACGUUACAUUCUCCAGAAAAAUGUCACGGAUCAAGCUUUCGGGUUCGGGUUUUGGUCACAUCCAACACCACCGUCGUACCAUCCAAUUCGAGGAUCUUCAAUUGAGACUUUCCAGAAGUGUCUGGCCAACGGCUCUUAUACAUCAGAAGACCUCGUUCGCACAUUUCUUGUCAGAAUUGCUGAAGUUAAUGAUCGGACACACGCAGUCGUUGAGAUCAACCCAGAUGCCCUUGGCAUUGCCCGAGCUCUGGACCGCGAGAGAGAGGUCUCUGGCCCAAAGAGUCUUCUUCAUGGAAUUCCGAUCCUUGUCAAGGACUCAAUCAGCGCACAUGGCAUGAACAACACGGCCGGUUCUUACUGUCUCGCAGGUGCCAAAACGAAGAAUGAGGCAUCUAUGACUGUCAGACUUCGACAAGCUAGAGCCAUCAUUCUUGAAAAGUCCAACAUGUCUCAGUGGGACAACGGACGAUCGUCUGCUGACAACGCUUCAAAUGGCUGGAGCUCAUGGGGCGGUCAAGCAUACGGGGUUUACACCCUCCAGCAGGAUCUGUGUAGGAGCUCUAGUGGUUCUGCUACGGCCAUGGCUAUGGGGUUAGCAGUCGCCACGAUCGGCGUUGAGACGGUAGGGAGUAUUACAUAUCCAGCCAUGGAAAGCAACAUCGUGAGCAUCAAGCCUACUGCUGAGCCAGUGGCGAAAGACAAUGUUAUCGUCGCAAAAUCUCGACGUGCUGUAGGCCCGAUGACCUCGACCAUCAAGGAUACUGCAAUCCUUUUAACUUUUAUGGCUGGGAAGAGCAAGCUCGAUACAGUAACAAAAUUGGUUCCGUUCAAGAAGAUGCCUGACUACGCAAAGUCUUGUAAUCGAAAUGCUCUACGCAAUGCUCGGAUCGGAAUCCCUAGAAACGGCCUGAAUAAUCCCAUCGGAGUCAACAUCAACAUGGCCGCAAUCAUGAAGGCUUUCGGAGACGCAGCUCUGUUAAUGCAGAAGAACGGAGCAACUAUUGUGGAAAAUGCCAAUUAUCCAGCGUACGACGAUGUGUACAGCAAGGCACCACAAGCCAUCUACGGACCUUCCGAGUACGGAUUAGAUAUAGCAAAAUUCUUCAAAGAACUAUCCAUCAAUCCCAAAAACAUCCAUAGCAUUAAGGAUAUGAUUGAAUGUACAAAGCCAAACCCUCUGGAAGAAUAUCCAUCGCACAAUAUUGCAGUUUUCGAGAACGUCGAGAAGGCUCUUCGCUUCAAUUCACCCGAGGUUGCGGCCGCUUCGAAGCAGAUGAAGUACUUGGGAGCCGAGGGCGGCAUUGAUGGGGCGUUGGAGGCAGUCACAGCUGAUGCCCUCAUUCUUCCAUCUGUCAUCUGUUCGGAUAUCCCAGGAUUCGCUGGGCAUUUGACUAUCACUGUUCCAAUGGGAUUCCUACCACCGGGCACCCCUGUCACUAAAAAAUCCGAGGGGAGAUCUGAUCGAUGA